AGCCUGUAUCUGAUUUUUCUUCCUUCGUAUUGUGUGUGUAUUCGACUGCCCUUGUAAAAUUUUAUCAUUUUCAACGAUAUUACAGACACCCAUUUGUCCAUUUAGUAUUAAGUGUAAUUUGCAACAAUGGCAGGAAUCAAAGGGUUGAUAGCUCUGGCUUUUGCUGGUUCCAUUGGUAUGACCAUGGUUAUACUAGCAUGUGCUUUACCACAAUACAGACUAUGGUGGCCGUUCUUCGUAGUCCUGUUUUACAUACUAUGUCCCAUUCCGACAAUGAUAGCACGCCGGCACACAGACAGCACAGCGGGUGGUAAUUCACCCUGCAUGGAAACAGCUGUCUUUCUGACCAUGGGCCUGAUUGUCAGUUCGUUCGGUCUACCCAUUGUGCUUGCACAUGUAGGCACGAUUGCAGCAGGAGCAUGCUAUUUGACCCUGGCGGGCAACGUCAUAGUGUACCUGACCAUUCUCGGCUUCUUCACAAUCUUUGACAUGGAGGACUCAGAUUACGCGAUGUGGUGAGAAAUCUAGAACAACACUGAAGGACAAUUUUAGGGCAAAUGAUAAAUCUAACAUAAGCAGACAUAGAACUUUUCCUGGCAUAAAAGAGUGAGUGAAACAGAUUAAAUAUUGAUGUAACAGAUGAGUGAUAUUGAUGGUUAAGCUAUAUCAGACGAGCGUACCAGACCGCCACUUAGGUCCGGUUCGAGGAUUGUUCGAUGGAAUGCACCUAUCGUAGUAUUCGUAGUCCAUACCUUACGUCUAUUUGGACGCAAUUAUUAAAGAAGGCGCCGGAUCAGAUCCAUGUCUCUAUUCUCACGUUGGCCAUUAGACGUAUAUAGACGUCAUUCUAUUUUGUCCGACAUAGUGGCCAUGAACGAUAUAACGAAGAUACUUAGCUACCGCGAAAUACGUAAGUUUUAUAUUUUUUGCCACUGUUUACUAGUUUUUAUUUUGUUAUAAAUUUAAGUACUGAAAGUAGGUACCUAAAGAUUGUAGCAUGUUUGACAUUUAAUUGUCUGACUUUUUUUGCCACGAAAAGUUCUUUGUCUGAUCAUAAGAAACGUGUUUUUGUCUAUGCUUAUAAGUCUGAGAAAUUAUAAUACUGAUUAUAUUGUUGUUAGUUGAAUGUAAUCAGACAAUAUUUAAUUUUGAAAGUGUCAUUUUCUACAAUUUGUAUCUCAAUGUUACAUUUAUAUGCUUAAUCAGGAGACUUUGCAAACAUAAGUUCAACUAAGAGGAAAAUAGAUGUUGCUUUGCUAUUGGUCAGUUACACGAAGAAGUUCAACCCUUUGGACGCCAUACAUAUCUAAGCGGUGCGCCAUUGUGUACCUUAUUGUGUAACGCACGAAGGUUUAUAUUGGGCUGUAGCCGCACUCGCGAUUUGACGUCAUUGGUGAUCAAAGGGUGAAAUUGACUAAUGAUGUAAUUAACUCAUUUAAGUGAUGAAUUUUGGCAUGUCUUUUUGUUUGACUUAUGAUUUACAUCAUGUGAUCGCCUGAAUAACGAGAGAUAAACCUGUAAAUCGAAACUCACACAGAAUAAUACAUACAUUAGAAUACUCGUAGUUGCGUGUCUAAAAUAAAUAACAAGAAAAGUCACAGAUUAGAUAUAUAUUUAUAUAUAGGUAGAUCUUAUCACUGACGUCUUCAGUCAACUGUUGGGUAUCGGAAGUAUCGGAAUAUUCGGAAAUAUUGCAACAAAACACAACAUAAGUUGAAUCUUAUGUUACUUUCCAAAUCAUUGCUCAAACUUACUUGAGGAGGAGUCAGUGAUAAUACCACCAUAAAGUGUCUUUUUAAGUAUGACUCGUGAAAAGUAAGCAGCUAACAAGACAACUUAGAUUAAUUAACAGCCAUUUAAUGCCCAUCUGCUAAGAUUUCAGGAAUAAAUUAGGGUAGUAGCCCUUUGAACGUCACGCCUGUCGUGCACAGUAAGCACGAAUUUUGAUGUUUAGCUGUAACCGUGCGCGUCAACAGACUUCUAUGGCAGUUAAAGGGUUAACGCGAUGAAUAUACUUAUGUAUUUGCUAAUAGUGUUGUUGCAACUGAAUAAAAAAAAAGAGUUUUCUUUCGUUAUUCAGACUCCUCUCUGAAAGAGUAUAAUCAAUCUCAAUUUGAUUAUUAUAGGUUAAGGAAUUUUAGUGUAAGUAUACAGGAUGAUUUAUUUAUAUUAUUUUGUUAUUUCUUUUGAAAUUUCUAACUCAAAGUAACCACCAAAGUUCUAUCUGGAUUACUGAUAUAUACUAACAGAUUUUAUUUUUUUAUUGUAAAUUGUCAGAUAGACACGCCUUAAAUAAAGUAAUAUCUUUAUGUGAAAACUUAGAAACGAAAGUCUGUGAGUAAUUUAGUAUGGUGAUGUAAUUUGUGGUUUAAAAAAUUAAGUGUUAUGAUUAGGUCGCUACAGUUGAUAAAAUGUAUGUUUCCAAGCAAAUAGACCCACUUUGUAGCUUGCUAUUUGACGGAUUAUUCAUAUAAAAAUACAAGUAUUAUUGUAAGGGACAAAGUGGCUAGGCUAUACACAAACUUAAUACA